AAUAACAUAAAUAUUAUGCAGCAAUGUAGGAGUUGACUUUACCUUCUUUCUGCUUGCAUGCCAAUCACUUGUGCCAGACAAACAUCUCCACCUAGACUCGAGCUUUCCUUUGGAUCCAAUAUAUUCAUCCUCGUCUACGCGUCACUCAACGUGUCAGAAUGCAGUCUAGAUUGAAAUCUGCGGCUAAGCUGUCUAGCACGCUGUCAGGGUGUUCCGCAUCAUGGUCAUCACUAUUGAUACAGACGACUCAGAGAAGCUUGCACAAUGACUAUAGAGGCACCACUGUUCUCUCAGUUCGUAAGGGUGACCAGGUAAUCAUCAUGGCAGAUGGACAGGUGACGAGAAAUUCAGAGAUCAUCAAGCCCAAUGUGAGGAAGGUCCGCAGCAUGUUUGAUGGCAAAGUGAUUGGCGGGUUUGCAGGUGCAACAGCUGAUGCAUUCACCUUGUUUGAGCGUCUAGAGACUCAACUGGAGACAAAUUCUGGCCAGCUCAAACGCGCUGCUGUGGAGCUCGCAAAACUAUGGCGGCUCGACAAGUAUCUUCGCAAGCUUGACGCAACGAUGAUUGUAGCGGAUGCGAAGGAGUCCCUCACAAUCACAGGAAAUGGGGAUGUUGUGGAGCCACACGAUGGGGUCAUAGCCAUUGGCUCUGGUGGACCAUAUGCCCUGGCUGCAGCUCGAGCACUGAUUGACCUUCCUGACUACGAUGCAAAGGCGAUAGCUGAUAAGGCGAUGAACAUUGCGGCAGACACAUGCAUUUACACCAAUCACAAUUUCACCUUUUUGACGCUGAAGGCCGACAGCCCCAGCUCUUGACCAGUCACAGCCAGCAACGCAUUGUGCAAAGACUCGGCAGUUCCGCAGUAUGCCUGGUGAGGGAGAGCGACUGUUGUUGGGAUGCCCAUAUCUGAUGUCUAGAUCAUCAACAAUUUGAUAUUGUACUUCAAUAUUCGGCACUUGUUGAGCAUUGCAGCUAUCAUCGAGCUCUGGUCUGCUCAUGUGCCCGCAAUGCUUGUCUUCUCAAAUACUGGAGUGCAGCUCCUGUACUGUUAUCACCUAGCAAAUGCUCGUGAUCUUGUCUGUUAGCAUCAUUUUGACCCAGUAAUAUUCUGCACCACAGCCAAGCUGUAUGUUGGUCCUGCACACACAGUAAAAUAAGAUUUUAAAGAUAUACUUUGCC